CGCUAAAAAAACUAAGUAUUGUUAUAAUAGUUUUAGUUUUCAAUUUUAUUCAAAUACAGCGAUAAUCAAUCCAAAAAUGUAUUUUUACAUUUUCUUUGUUGUUUAUCUAGCAAAUAAUUUUUCAAAUGGACUGCUUUUCCGGACUAAUCCUUUGAAUGAGGAAAAAGAAUUAAUUGAUUUAGCAUCGACUACUUUGGAAAAUUUUUUUAAUAAUAAUAAACAAGAUAAAAAUGGUAUGACAUUUGAAGAAUUUAAUCAUAUAUUGAAACAAUAUAACUGGAUAAUAGAACAACCUGAAUUAUUUAUCCGAAUUUUAUUCAGAGAAGAAGUUGGAAACAUGGACGGAAUUAUGAAUUUUAAGCAAUUUAAGAAUCAAGCAACGUAUUGUAUUAAUCGUUAUGAGAAUAGCAUUGAAAAGCAUUUUAAAAAAUAUUCGAAGGGAAGAGAUAAUAUGACUUUAAAUGAAUUACCAGAAGCUCUUAAACAAUUUAAUUUCGUUUACUCUGAAGAAAUUCUUAUUAUAUUAAUAAAUCAUUUUGAAGGUGAAGGCGCACAAUUUAUCAGUAUGAAAGCAUUCAGAAAUAUAUUCGGGUUUUUGUUUAUUAACAGGCUCGCCAUCAUAAAACUAAAAAAUAAUAAUGAUAUUUAUUUAUUGUUUUGAUUUAUUUAUUGUCUGUAUAAAUUGAAUUAUUUAAAUCAUUGCUAAAGCUGUAUUGAUAAUAAAUUAAAUUAGAUAUUAGGAGGUUUUAUUAUUGUACAAUUGUUACUCCGAAAAGAGCCAAGAAAGGUAUUUCUUUUCUUAUAAAAAUUAUAUAUAAUUGCUUAAAGUAAAAAAAAUAAAUAAAAGAUCAUCAUUAUAAUAA